AUGGCAGUUGACUUCCUAGUACUAGAACCCUCUACCACUCAACCUAACAACCAGGUUUUUACAAGAUGGAAGGAGUUUGAUAACAUUAUAGAACAAUUUUUACUUGAACAAAACAUACCAGGAUCUAGCAUUGCUGUUUCCUAUGAUGGGGAAAUUCUUUACCAACAGGGAUAUGGUACAGCAGGUGGUGGUCGACGUGUACAGCCAAGCUCUCUGUUUAAGAUAGCUAGCAUUAGCAAGCCUAUUACAGCAACCAUUGUUAUGAAACUGAUAGAGCAGCAAAAAUUAUCCUUGGCUUCCAGAGUUUUUGGCAGGAAUGGAAUUUUAAAGAAAUACAAAACUCGAGACAAAAGAAUGAAAAAUAUCACAGUCCAACACUUGCUGCAGCAUUCAGCUGGAUGGGACCGCGACAAGGUUGGUGAUGCUGUGUUCGUCAGACCUCAGUGUGUCAUACAAGAACACCCUGACACACCUGAAUACAACUCAGCCUUGUUGUCUCAUGCCCUGAGGAGAAAACUUCAGUUCACUCCAGGCACUUGGCAUUCCUACUCCAACCUUGGCUACCUAGCGCUUGGUGAAAUAAUCGAGGCAGUAACCAAUCAGCCAUUUUACAAUUCUGUGCUUAACCUUAUACACUCUGUCCACAUUGACAACAUACUUCUUGGGCAUAGAAAAAGGGCAUGCUGGUUGAGUAAAGAGGUUGAGUACUUCAACAACAAAGAGCCUCAAGUUGUUGACUCUCUCUACCCUAACGAAGGAGAGGUUCUCCCACAGUAUGGAGGCAUGGCCAUGGAGAGCUCAGCAUCGUAUGGGGGUCUGGUCAGUGACACCACGUCUCUAUUACAGUUUGUUCACUGCUGGGAGCAAGCUUUAAAGGAUGGGGGUGUUUGUGAUAGGACACGGUCAACACUGGACAGGACAUGGUCAACAAUGGACACACUAAACAUUGCCGGUCCUAACUACAAGGAAGAUAACAAAAGUGCAUUAUGGGAAGAUUAUAAUCACCCUGUCAAUAUUUCACCACCAUUUUGUAGCUGUGGCCAUAGAGCUCUUUGUGAGAAAUGUUUAAUAAAAUUACACAACUUGCCUGAAGUAAAAACUCAUGCUGGUGCUGGGUGUAGCUGUCAACACCCAGCUCUGUUAAAACAUCACCUGGCUGUGGAAUGUAUGGGCAAGCCAGCCUAUGAGAAUGGUCAAGACUGGUAUGGACUGGGCUGGGAUGUUCAAGAUGGUGGGCACUCCUGGGGUCACACUGGCGGCAUGGAGGGGACCUCUGGGACUUUAUUCCACCACAGGAGUGGACACAACUGGUGUUUGCUUUUGAAUUCCUGGGCGUCAGAUUCAGAUUUGAAUGGUGUUGUUAAGUGUGCUUUAAGUUCCGUGGCAGGUGUGUCAAUGUACAACUGUGAUGUAGCCAGGUUAGCUGACAAUGGAGGAACUAGAAUCAUGACCCGUGAUUUGUCUCAGGUUAUUUUACUUGGUGUUUCAGAGACCUGGCUUCUGAAAGAAAUAUUACAGCUUCAAAACCAAAGCCACGUUUUAAAACAAAUUACAGCAAUUUCAGAAAAUCUUACGACUACUACAAAAAUUCAUAAAGUUAGAUUUUAUCCUAGGCAACCUAAUGCAGCAAAUGAAGAAACAAAGUACUGUGCUAUAUUUUGUAAGUCUACCAGUCCCUUUAACUACUUUGUUCUCUUUAAUAAAUCAACCACAGAAUUAGAAAAGGCCAUAGAAAUAUAUAAAACAGAAAACAAAUUUGUUUACUACCUCGAUUCUUAUUCAGACUGCAACCGCGAACUGAAAUUCACAGCAGUUUUUAAAAACAUGAAAAAUGGUUUCAAUGAUGAAAAUUUCACUGUAUAUUUAGCAAUUAAUGCAGUUGAUUAUAUUAAAAAAGCCAAAGAAUUAAUAAAUAGUUAUGAUAUAUUAGUGCAAUCUGUAACCAGUAUAGGUGUGAAUUUAUAUGUUAGUGUGGUGCUUUCUGCAAAAUCUCAACUUAAUAAAGAAUGUAAUGUGCAGGUCUGCACCGAUACUAACACUCUGUCAUUUAGUCACAAAACUAAUGGUCAAUUCAAGUCUAAGAAAUCUAAAACAAGAUUAACAACUAAGGUAAAUAACUCAAAAACUCUCUACUGGGUUCAAAUUAGCCCAGAAAGCUUUCUCACAGAGUUAAACAGGCAAAUUGCCAGGGAAAUGAGUUUGGUGUAUGCCAAGUUUUACAGUGCUGAUAGUAAACCUUAUGUUAGUGCAUGCUGGAGUUCAGGGCAGCCUGGCAAUAGAUACCAGAGAACAGCCAUAUCAAAGUAUGGGUUAGUUCCAGAGUUAGCAGAGGCCGCAGCUGAGGAUGUGGCACUGCAGUCCUUGUCAGAAUACACAGAAGAAGAUGGCUCCAUUUAUUUUGCUGCUAUUUGGUAUGCAAAAUAGUAACCCUGAGCCCCCUUUGCAUGACACCCAAUCAGUGGAUUCCAGGUGCUAAGAUGGCAGUGAGGUUCUUAGGGGGUCACAACUGCACGGUACUGCAAGCACCAUGCCUUAUAUUUUUUUAAAUUUUAACCGGCUACAACCUUAGCUAAUUGUACUCAACAACUUCACAAAGUUUCAUGGCGAUCUGAUGAAUG